AUGGCCGACACAGAAAUGGACAUCGAUCAACCCGACCUGGCUGAGCAGUCUGAGCAACUCGAGUUGGCCGAGCCCACGUCCGCCGACCCCAAAGCCAGCGAUGCGCGCACAGCCGCUGGCGCAACAGCAGUCCGCUCUAUCGAAGGCUGGAUCAUCAUAGUCACGAAUGUGCACGAGGAGGCGACAGAAGAGGACUUGCAUGACAUGUUUGGCGAGUUUGGCGCUAUCAAGAAUCUGCACAUGAAUUUAGAUCGCAGGACAGGAUAUGUCAAGGGCUACGUCCUCAUCGAAUAUCCCACCCUCGACGAAGCUAAAGCUGCCAUCAAGGGCGCCAACGGCGAAGAACUCCUCGAGCAGAACAUCACCGUCGACUUCGCUUUCGUGCGACCACCGCCAGCUGGCAAGGGACGCGCGCGAGACCACGAUCGGAGACAAAGCGGACGUGGCGCAGCAAGGGCGCGGAGCCGGAGUCCUGGACACGAGGGCGAGGAUAUGGAGGAUUGA